GUUUUAACCGUGUUUUUUUUUCUUGAUAACCCGCAAUGGAUAGUAGCAGUGUUAGAAAGCAUAGUGGGUGUCAAUAUAAAGUGACGGCCAUAUUUGCCGGUGCCGCUGUUGUAAACAAAAAGUGAGAGACAGACGCUUCACUGAAUUUCGGGUCAUUUUUAUUUCUUUAAUUUACAAUGUCUUUGGGAAUGUCUUAUAAACCCAAUGUCCAUCAGCACAUUCCGGGAACUUCUGGGAACCAGGUUGGAAGCCUCCAGUCUCCCUCAGCGGCUAACCUGGCCACGUUGCAGUCCUACAGGCCCCUUCUGAGCGACUAUGGACCUCCAUCUCUGGGAUUCUCACAGGGCUCCAGUGGCAGCCAAGUGCCUCAGAACAAAUAUGCAGAGCUGCUGGCCAUCAUCGAAGAGCUUGGAAAGGAGAUCAGGCCCACAUAUGCUGGUAGUAAGAGCGCAAUGGAGAGACUGAAAAGAGGAAUAAUUCACGCCAGAGGGCUGGUUCGUGAGUGCUUGGCUGAGACGGAGAGAAACGCGAGGUCCUAGCUACGAACACACAUUCCUCCCUGCAAGAAGAACUAACAGUCUGCGUCUCAUGAAAAAAAAAACUUGCAUGGCAUUUCCUUCGAGAAGAGGAAGUAAAUGAACAAAGGAUGGGAAAAGCAAGCUCCUAGAGAGAAAAAAAAAUACAAUUCAUGACUCCUGAGGAUUCUGGAGGAUCAUUUAAAUCAUGUGUGGGUUACUGGAAUUCAUAUGAAGGGAUAUCAUGUGUUUUUAACACCCCACUUUUGGGAUCUUAAUUUUGACUUCAUAUUUAAAACAUUGAUUUAUGCAUGCGAACGGGCCCGGGGGUUAACUGUAGACAGUGCAUGGCUUGUACAGGGGUAGAUGGAACAGACUUGUUUUUGAUAGUAUUUUGGUCUGAUUUUCAGACCCUAAUAACACAUGACUGAGUGAAUGAGUGAGGGGCAGAGAUGUGCCAAACGCAUCGGUUCAUUCGUGUUGAGGUUGGUUUUGGUAUAAAAAAAAAGGAAAAUGCUGUUACUUGCAUCUUUGUAUGUAUUUAUUACUCAGUGUAAUAAAUUGUAUUUUCAA